ACUGGAAUUUCAGCGCUGGUGAACUGUGGGGGUUCUCGGGUACUUUCAUCUCUCCGGUCAAAAGCAUGGCCUUCUCGUCCUGGAUUGCUCGCCUACGAUCAUGUUCGAAAUCCAACUUCAUCAACGCUCUCCGUUCAUCCUCUCAUCUCCAGAAAUCUCAGUUGGGUACUCAGAACGCACCUACCGGAGCUGUGGUUAAUGCCGGAAGAACCGAUGGGUCGUACUCUUUACGGUCAAGUUCUCUGCUUCCUCUGGCUCUGGCUGCUUCACUGGGAUUGCUUGCUUUUCAAACCCAAUCUCAGCCUUCUCUAUGUGAAGAUUCCUGGGGUAUGAGCAUUGGGGGAAAGGGUAGCACUGAGUUUGUAGUGAAAGGCUCUUACAAGGAAGUCCCACAAGAGCUGAUUGAUGAAUUGAAGACUAUCUGUCAAGAUAACAUGACCAUGGAUUAUGAUGAGAGAUUCUACCAUGGAAAGCCACAACACAGCUUCCACAGAGCAGUUAAUAUCCCUGAUGUAGUUGUUUUCCCAAGGUCAGAGGAGGAAGUUUCUAAAAUUCUCAAAUCUUGUAACAAACAUAAGGUUCCUAUUGUACCAUACGGUGGAGCCACGUCAAUUGAGGGUCACACCUUGUCUCCCAAUGGAGGUGUUUGUAUUGACAUGUCCUUAAUGAAGAGUGUUAAAGCAUUACAUAUUGAGGACAUGGAUGUGGUUGUUGAGCCUGGAAUCGGUUGGAUGGAGCUUAAUGAAUACUUGGAGCCAUAUGGUCUAUUUUUUCCUCUUGACCCAGGGCCUGGUGCAAGCAUAGGGGGUAUGUGUGCUACACGUUGCUCUGGUUCUUUAGCUGUGAGGUAUGGAACUAUGCGUGACAAUGUCAUCAAUCUCAAGGUAGUUCUUGCCAAUGGAGAUAUCGUCAAGACAGCUUCUCGCGCUAGAAAGAGUGCUGCAGGGUAUGAUUUGACCCGCUUGAUGAUUGGAAGUGAGGGAACACUAGGUGUAAUAACUGAAGUCACUUUACGGCUUCAGAAACUUCCAGAGCAUUCAGUGGUAGCAAUGUGUAAUUUCCCAUCAAUUAAGGAUGCAGCAGAUGUUGCUAUUGCAAUAAUGUUGUCGGGUAUACAGGUCUCGAGGGUGGAAUUAUUGGAUGACGUACAAAUAAGGGCUGUCAAUGUUGCUAAUGGGAAGGAUUUACCUGAAGUUCCCACUUUAAUGUUUGAAUUUGUGGGCACUGAAGCAUAUGCACGUGAGCAAACCCAAAUUGCUCAAAGGGUUGCAUCUGAACACAAUGGCUCAGAUUUUGUUUUUGCAGAAGAUCCUGCAGCUAAAAAGGAACUUUGGAAGAUAAGGAAAGAGGCACUUUGGGCUUGCUUUGCAUUGAAACCAGGUCUUGAUGCAAUGAUUACGGAUGUUUGUGUUCCUUUAUCUAACCUUGCAGAUUUGAUCUCAAGUUCCAAGGAAGAGAUGAAUUCAUCACCAAUUGUUGGCACAAUUAUUGCUCAUGCUGGUGAUGGGAACUUCCACACAAUUAUUCUAUUUGAUCCUAGCAAAGAAGAAGAGCGGAGGGAAGCUGAAAGGCUUAACCACUUUAUGGUUCAUACAGCUUUGACAAUGGAAGGAACAUGUACUGGGGAACAUGGUGUUGGCACGGGUAAAAUGAAGUAUCUUGAAAAGGAACUCGGCAUAGAGGCAUUGCAGACAAUGAAAAAAAUCAAAACAGCCCUAGAUCCUAACAAUAUCAUGAAUCCAGGGAAGCUCAUUCCUCCCCAUGUAUGUUUCUAAGAGCAAGCUAGGAAUUGCUUGCAUGGUUUGCAAUUUUCUAUGUAACAUUACAAGAACAAAUAAGAUAUUUCAAGAACCGUGGUCGAGAAAAAUGCUCUCUUGUGCACUGGUUAGAGAUAUGAGCAUGACAUAAAUAAAAUUUUCUGUCUCUCGUAGACUAGUUAGAAAUGAGCAUGAGAUUAAUAAUAUCGGCCUUGAUGG